AUGAUAAAUACUGGAAAAUUAGAUAACCUAAUCAAAUGGUCCAAAGAGAAUGGCUCAAUUAUUGAUGAUGCUAUUAAAUUUAAUAUAAGUGCCGGUAACGGAGCAUAUGCAUGCAUAACCAAUCCAAACAAAAUAGACUCAUUGAAUGAUAGAAAAUUGAUCUCAAUUCCAUCUAGUUUACUCAUCACAAAGAAACUUGCAUUGGAGUCGUUCUGUAUUGAAACUGAUGAAGAUCAGAACUCUAACUUAAAUGCUUUGACUCAGUUAUAUCUUUGUCAAUUAAAAUUUCAAAAUGAAUCUCAACCCGAAAUCUUGUUAUCUAAACAGAAUUUUUUUAAAUUUUAUUUAGAUACUCUUCCAAAACAUCUUACUCAUCCAUAUUUUUGGACGGAGGAAAAUUUAGAACUAUUGAAAAAGACUGAUAUUUACGUUCUAUUAAAACAAAAUCUAACCAGUUUAAAAAAUGAAUGGAAAGCCAUACUGAAUUUAACUGGAUCAAAACCAUUUAAGAAUGAUAUCGAAGAAUUGUUAUAUAAGGAUGACUGCGAUUUUAACGAUGAGGAUACACUAAAUUCUGUAUUUGAAUAUAUUCAGCAGUCCCUGAAAAUUUUUGAUGAAAAUAUGAAAUUGAUUCACUGGAAUAGUUUUUUUGCUUAUUUAUGGGCAUUCUGUAUAUUCAGUUCUAGAGCAUUCCCUGAGAUUGUAAUCAAUCCUGACUGUAAAAAUAUUAACCAAGCAUUCUUAAUGCCUAUCAUAGAUUUAUUGAAUCAUAAAAAUGAUACUAAGACUAGAUGGACCUUCUCAGAAAAUAAAGUAAAUUUUAUUUCAAAUGAGCUGAAUUUUAAAAAUACAAAAGGAACUCCAAAUGAUCAAUUAUAUAACAAUUAUGGUGAUAAAUCGAAUGAGGAAUUAUUAUUAGGCUAUGGUUUUGUUGAAGAGGCAAACAAGUACGAUUACUGUAGAUUAACUUUAAGGCUUGAUGAUUCUUUACUGAAAGACGCAACUCAGAAACAAGGAAUUAAACUAACAUCUGAUAAUUUGAUUGCUCCUGGUUGUGUUCAGUUCAAGUUAUCUUAUGAGAACUCUCUGCCAUUACCAUUGUUCCAACUUUUUGGAUUCCUUUGUAAACUAAGAUCAGAAGAUAACCUCACAUAUAGGAGUGUACUGGAAGGAUCUGAUGAAUUAAAUAAUGUUAUCUCAUCUAAAUUAAGUUCUGUUAAACAAUUGAUUAAGAGUAUAAAAGGUAGUGACGGAGCAAUUCAAACUUUAAAAUCAUAUCUGAACUCUCAAAGAAGAAUACUGAACACUACAAUGGAGGCGCUUGCUAAGAAACAAAAAAUUACUAUUAAGGAGAUCUCACAGAAAGAUAUAAUCUCAUUUAAAACGAUAUUCAAAAGUGAUAAAGUCUUUGCUAAUGCUAUGUUAUUAAGAUUUGGUGUAAUUAAGUUUGAAGAUUUAAUCUCCAAAGGAGUAUUAAAUAAAGCAUUAAUGCUAUGGAUAGUCAGAAUCGCUAAUAAAGAUACACUUGAUAAAAAAUUAGAAUAUCAAAUACCUGAUUUUAUAAUUCCAACAUUCAGAGAAGUUGCAUCAAAUAUUGUGGUAGAAAAAGAUGACGUUAUGGAGUACAUGAGUUUUUAUAAGGAAUUAUUCCCACACUUAGCUCAAAAAUUACCUGAUGUGUUCGGAAAAGGGGACUGGGGCAUUAAGCAAUUUAUUAUUGCCGAUUCUGUAAUCGAUAGAAUAGUUUGGAUAAAGAAGACUAACCAGGAACCUUUCUUCUUAGAAAAGGCUCAAUUUCAAAAAUAG